CAGGGGCAUAAUCCUUUGAAGGAUUUUUUGGCUCUCAUUCUUCAUCUGAGCAAAUUCAAAGCUCCCAGGACUUAAAGUCUCCCCAAAUGGAAAGCAAGCUGGAUGUCUUCAGGAGGGAGUUAGUGAAUGUUCAAGGUGUCCCUCUCUUUUGGAGCAUUGCUGAGCAAUGGUCCCAAGUAGAGUCAUUUGAAGCCCGGCCUGAUGACCUUUUGAUCUCCACCUAUCCCAAAUCUGGAACAACUUGGAUCAGUGAAAUACUGGAUUUGAUCUAUAAUAAUGGAGAUGCAGAGAAAUGUAAAAGGGAUGCAAUCUACAUACGAGUACCGUUCAUGGAGCUUAUAAUUCCGGGAAUAACAAAUGGUGUUGAAAUGCUGAAAAACAUGCAGUCUCCUCGGCUAGUGAAAACACAUCUUCCUGUUCAGCUGCUUCCUUCCUCAUUCUGGAAAAAUGACUGCAAGAUGAUCUAUGUGGCACGGAAUGCCAAAGAUGUGGCUGUUUCUUACUAUUAUUUCCACCAAAUGGCAAAAAUGCACCCAGAGCCUGGCACUUGGGAAGAGUUCCUCGAGAAAUUCAUGGCUGGGCAAGUGAGCUUUGGCCCCUGGUAUGAUCAUGUGAAGGGCUGGUGGGAGAAAAGAAAAGAAUACCGGAUCCUUUAUUUGUUUUAUGAAGAUAUGAAAGAAGAUCCAAAGUGUGAAAUUGAAAAAUUAUUAAAGUUUCUAGAAAAAGACAUACCAGAAGAAACUGUAAAUAAAAUCCUCUACCAUAGUUCUUUCAAUGUAAUGAAGCAGAAUCCUAGCGCAAAUUACACCACUAUGAUGAAAGAAGAGAUGGACCACUCAGUCUCUCCUUUCAUGAGAAAGGGUAUUUCGGGUGAUUGGAAGAAUCAGUUCACUGUAGCUCAGUAUGAGAAAUUUGAAGAAGAUUAUGUCCAGAAAAUGGAAGGAUCAACACUGAAGUUUAGAUCAGAGAUCUAGGGAGUAUUUGUUUCUCCUUAAUCUCCUUCAUCAGACACUAAUAUUCAUGGUUCAGUCAAAGAAAAUGCUGUAUAUUAUUUUUCUAAAACUCAAGGUCUUCUAAUGUACAGAUAGAUAUCAGGUACAUUCUCUCCUAAUUAUCUUCCAUAUAGAAAUGUUCAUAUUGUAGUUUCCCAUUUACUUUGCUAUCAAAAUAAUACAAUGUUAAGAUGCUUCAUAAUAUAGUGUAGUUUUAGUUUCAGUUACUAAUAUCUUCCUGUAUGUAUAUGGUCUAGUUUGCCUCCUAGAGGAAGAGUACAUUUCAUUAACCAAUUCAACUUCAUCUGUGGUUAUUUUACAUUUUAAAAUAUUGUCUUUAAC